AUCCUCUUACAUUUCAUUAUCCGUAACCCUCUUUUAUUUCUUUGAAGAAAAAGAAAGAUAUUCUUUGAUUCUUAUUGUCUCCCUAAGAGCAGAUAUGCUUGGUUCCAGCACAAGGAUAAUGUUUUAUCUUUUUGUCUGCAUAGGAUUACUAUCAGACAACAUAUAUAAGGUCUCAGCGUUGAGAAGAAGAGAAUUCUUCUUCAGACAAACACAAGGAGACAAAGCUGGAGUUCAUCCAGGUGAAACUGCUACGCUGGAGAGCGUGGAUAUUCAUUUUAGGCACAACCGUGAAGAACACGGAAUCCUCAGUGAGAACCGGCGCAUUCUUGAGAAGGUUAACAAGACUAAAGUAACAGCUGAGAAGACGCAAGCACAAAAGAAUCAGACAAAGGACUCGUUGCAAUCAAGCAAGAGACAUGUAAGACGUGGAUCAGAUCCUAUCCACAACAAAUCGCAGCCAUUUUCUUAAGUGGCACUGCCACAACAAGAAUCAGAUACAGAAAAAGGCAGUACACUGUAGAAAGAAGAAGAAAAGAAGGCGCAACAAUCAAACUUAUCAAGCUUGAGGUAGAUUAGUUGUGUUUUUUCUCGCAAGGAUAUAUUUGAUAGAACACAGAAUAUUGGCUAAUGAAACCAUCGUGGUAUGGAGAGCAGCAUGAUCUGUUCAGAUGCACCAGGAGAACACAUGAUUUGUUUCCAAAAUAUAUCUUUAGACUCUUUUGUCUGCAUAGUUAAAAGUUUUGAUCAUCUGCAACUUUACUGUGAAAACCUCUCUUUGAACUUAAAAAAGGUAACCACUUAUGUC